GUCCGUCCAAAAUGGCGGCGCCCAGGAGCCUUGUUGACAUGCUUCCGCGGCUGUUCAGGGGAGGCUCCCUCAGUCCCCAGAAGUCCUGUGACCAGUAGUAGCAGACCAUGGGGUCAGGCAGAGCUGCUUUCCUGAUAUUGAUACCUCCGCAGCUUGCCUGAACAGCACUAGAGCAGUGCGGCAGCGGAGUCAGGACUGGAUAGAUGCAGUGGCAGGAACACCAGACGAGCCUCUUUGCGUCCACACAGCCCUGAAUUUACCUAGCUCCAGUGCCAUCCAGGUUGCACGACUGGCCAUCAGCGACUUUUCUCUUCAUCAGUUGAUCAUAUCUACUUACACAAGCAGUCAAGCAUUCAGCAAAGAAGAUAUCUCUUUUUCCAGAGACAAAGAAAUGCUCCCUAUAGCAUAGUCUGGCCAGCUACGGUUUCUCCGGCUCAUCCAGUUCCUAAGGUUGGCAUGACUACAGAAGAAAUAGAUUGCUUGGUUCACCAUGAAAUAAUCAGGCAAGAUGCCUACCCAUCACCUCUGGGCUAUGGAAAUUUUCCAAAAUCCGUUUGUACCUCAGUCAACAACGUGGUGUGCCAUGGGAUUCCUGACAGCCGCCCUCUCCAAGAUGGUGAUAUUAUCAACAUUGAUGUCACGGUAUACUUCAAUGGCUACCAUGGUGACACUUCCGAAACAAUUCUAGUGGGCAACGUGGAUGAGUCUGGUCAAAAGUUAGUGGAGGUUGCCAGGAAAUGUAGAGAUGAAGCAAUUGCAGCUUGCAGACCUGGGGCUCCUUUCUCUGUAAUUGGAAACACAAUCAGCCAUAUAGCCCGUCAGAAUGAUUUACGAGUGUGCCCCUACUUCGUUGGGCAUGGGAUAGGAUCUUACUUCCACGGUCACCCGGAAGUUUGGCAUCAUGAGAACGAAAGCGAUUUGUUAAUGCAAGAGGGCAUGGCGUUCACAAUAGAACCAAUCCUCAUGGAAGGAUCUUACGAAUUUAAAAUCCUAAAGGAUAAAUGGACCGCAGUAUCCGUGGACAAUAAAAGAUCGGCCCAGUUCGAGCACACCGUCGUUAUUACUUCGAGAGGAGCAGAAAUCCUGACCCAAGUAGCCGGGGAGAGCUAAGGCGCAGCUGGGCACGCGUGGCGAGGAAAACUCGCCCGGCAGAGCCUGGGAGGAGGAGGAGCGCGAAGAAAGCGCCCCAACUUGGAGGCGACUCCAGGGGACCCUCAAGAGGAGACGCUCCAACGCAUCGGAUUUAUUUCUUGGAUCAGGCCCAACGAGCUGGGUGGAAUCUGGCGAGGCCAGAGGGAAAGUUGCCAUGGGGAACGGUCCCCUAAAAGACAAGAAAGGAGGCGGGGGAAGAAGAAGAAGAUUCUCAUUUCUCUUCCAGCAGAGAGAUGCGGGACAAAGACGCGGAGCGCAGCGCCUCAAUUUCCCAAAUGCAAUUGAGCAUCGCUCUCGUUUGCUCAAAGAGCCGAACUCUGCAGCAAGAUUUUCCCCACCACCCUCCAUAUUUUUCUCGUUCUUAAAUUAAUUUAACUUCUUGGUACUGUAACGUCUCCUCCCGCUCCUUCACUCCCUUAGAUUUGGCGCUUGGCAGCUGUGACAUCUAAACACGUGUGUGUGUGUGUGUGUGUGUGUGUAUCGCGUUUCUUCCAGGUUUAGAGUUCUCUUCUGCGUGUUUCCAGAGUUUGACGUAUGUAGGGAGUGUGCACAGGCACUCUCCGCGGAGAAAAGGUGUAAAACCACUUUCCGAAAAGAACAACAGCAACAAAAAUACAACAACUUUAAAACAAAACAAGCGCUUUUGUUCUUGUAGACGCGUUCUUGGUACAACAAUCGCGUUUUGGGAUUCUUUCGUUGCUUUCAAAAAACCGCUGUGACUUUUUAGAAACGAUUUAUAAAACGUUCACUGAUUUUUUUUACCCCAAAUAUUGGAAAGCAGCUCUCUGCUUGCCUUAUUGCGGGGAGGUGGGUGAGGUAUAAUAAUCCUCCCUUUUCCUAGCUUUUAGGUGGGAAGCUGGUCUAGUAAACGUACCUUUCUUCCUCCUUUUCA